GGAGCUCCCCAAAAGGGCAAGGGGAUCGAAGGUGAGAUGAGAUUGGCAGUCAUGUGAUCUGGCAUGCCCAUAAUGACCUUGGGGAUCUACAGGCGUUGAAGUAGAGAGCCCGCGCCCGCCCUCCAGAUCCACGAGGAGGAAGUGCGCCAGAUGUUCCGGAGACAAAAGAACAGGAAGGCACCGGGCCCAGACGGCGUGUCACCUUCCUGCUUGAAAGUCUGCGCUGAGUAGCUGGCGCCCACUUUUGCACGGAUCUUCAACCGUUCUGUGGACCUGUGUGAGGUGCCCUCGUGCUUCAAGAGCUCCACCAUCGUUCCAGUGGCCCGCCAUCACAGGUUUGAAUGACUACAGACCUGUCGCACUGUCAUCGGUGGUCAUGAAAUCUUUCGAGAGGUUAGUGCUGAACCACCUGAAGGAUGUCACGGGCCCCCUGCUUGACCUCCUCCCGUUUGCCUACCGGGCAAACAGGUCAGUGGAUGAUGCGGUCAACAUGGGACUGCACUACAUCCUGCACCGCCUGGACACCAUCGCUCCUGACAUCCUUCAACAGAAGCUCAUCCAGCUUGCGGUGCCUGCCUCCACCUGUCAGUGGAUCACCAGCUUCCUGACCAAUAGGAGACAGCGUGUGAGGCUGGGGGGCAUCACAUCUGACACCGGGACCACCAAUACUGGAGCACCUCAGUGGUGUGUCCUCUCCCCACUGCUCUUCUCUCUCUACGCCAAUAAUUUCUCCUCAGGUGACUCGGCUGUGAAGCUCCUGAAGUAUGCAGACGACACCACUCUCAUCGGACUGAUCCAGGACGGUGAUGAGACUAGGUACAGACAGGAGGUGGAGCGGCUGGUCCACUGGUGCAGCCAAAACCACCUGGAGCUGAACCCGCUCAAGACCGUGGAGCCGGAAGAAGGCCCAGCAGAAGCUGUACUUCCUGAGACAGCUCAAGAAGUUCAACCUGCCGCAAGAGCUUCUGAAGACCUUCUACACUGCCAUCAUCCAGUCUGUCCUCUGCACCUCCAUCAUUGUCUGGUUUGGAUCGGCCGCCAAACAAGACAAGCACAGACUGCAACGGACAAUCAGGACUGCAGAAAAGAUAAUUGGAAUCAACCUCCCAUCUAUCCAAGACUUGUACCUGUCCAGGACCAGGAAACGUGCAAGGAACAUCUCUACAGACCCUUCUCACCCAGGUUGCAGUCUGUUUGAACUACUCCCCUCCGGACGGCGUUAUAGAGCUCGGUACGCCAAAACCAGCAGACACAGAGACAGCUUCUUCCCCCAGGCUGUUGCUCUGAUGAACUCACACCACUCUUCCUGGUUGGAACUAUUGCCGGAACUGAUAUCGUGUUCAGCAUGUAUUAUUAUUACUAUAUACUAGGGAUGCACCGAAAAUUCGGCCACCGAAAAUUUUCGGCCGAAAAUGACCCAAAAGUGCAUUUUCGGUUUUUGGCCAAAAGACCUAAAUCACCGAAACAACACGGCCGAAACUUGUGAUGACGUGAGCAAACAGCGCAGCCAGCACGCGGGAAAACGGGAUAAGAGCCAGCAUGUCUGCGAUGUGGACUGAUUUCACUAUCUCAGAGAAAGACCCACGGAUAGCGAUUUGCAAAACAUGCAAUGCUGAAAUUUCAAGAGGGGGUGCAUCUGCAAAAGGUUUCUCCACGUCGGGUUUAAUUCAUCACCUGAAAUCCAAACAUCCCGAUCGCCAUUCUGAAUAUGAGAAGAAGGCGACACAGAAAAGGAAACUGACACCGAGCACGCCCACUCCGUCUGUGGGGGACGUUUUUGUAAAGGCAAGAAAGUUCUCUUUGUGUUUUUAUAAGAGAACAUAUUUAAUUUUACAGUCUUUCAGCAGGCCAGUCAGUUAUAAGCCUGUAAAUUAUUAUUUAAUGUACACAUGAGUUGGGUCAAGUUAAACAUUUUAUUUUAUUAUAUUUUUGAAUUUUAAUUUAUAUUGUGCAUUGUUGUAAUGUCAGUGCUAAAUAAAUAUUUCCAUACUUUUGUAACUGGUUUAUUGCAAUGCCUUGACUUUAGUGAGGUUAGUACACAUGUAGCCAUAAAUGCUGUGGUUCUAAUAACUGACAUUUCUUUCGGUGUUUCGGUUUUCGUCCUUGGUUUCCUCAUUUUUGGUUUUCGGUUUCGGCCAAGAAUUUCUAUUUCGGUGCAUCCCUACUAUAUACUCAUUACUGUGCAAUAACAUCCUGCUCUCCACACCUUUUUUUGAAUUUGUCUACACUGUUUGUACUAUGUGUCCUCUCUGCAUCCAUUGCAGCCUGGUCAUCCUGGAAGAGGGACCUUCCCAUCUGUGGUCUCUUCUCAAGGUUUCUCAUUUCCCCUAGCUGGAGUUUUGAGUUUUUCCUUGCCCUUUUGGGAGUUUAAGAUCAGCGGAUGUUUGAGAAUAUUUGCCAUUUUUCACAUGUCCUGAGUGUUGUUAGUCACCUAAAUGUUGAACAGAGGGUGUGAUAUACCGAAGUCAAAUUCCUUGUUUGGCACGCUCAAACAUGGCGAAUAAAAACAUCUUGAAUCUUGAAUAUUAUAUACAGUAAAAGCUACAAAACAAACUGAAAAAUAACCCGUUUUCAAAUCAGACGAGUAAAAACUGGUCAAAUAUUUAAAAAUAUAUAUAUUAUCAAAAGUGAAAACAAUUUGCAAUUCUAGUAAUGACACACGAAUUUGAUGCACAAUUUGUCUUCGCGGGCCACAUAAAAUGAUGUAGCGGGUCGUAUCUGGUCCCCGGGCCUUGAGUU